AUGUACCAGCGCGCCGCGGUUGACAUCCCACGGCAACACCGAUUUGAAAUGGCGACGCACGUUGCCUCGGUGCUACUCCAGGCUCACACGUCCCCGUUUCCUGCAACUCGGCACGCAGGCGUUGUGCCCGACAACGACACUAGCAGCAACGAUGACAACAGAUUCCUGAGCUGCGGAAACAGCUCUCCAAACGAAGAGCAUACCCGGGCUUGCCUCUUCACCGUGGAAGUCAUGGUCCUUGAGCUGAUCCUUGGGCACAAUAUCGAAGACUGUCAGUUUCGAAAGGAGUACUACGGCAGUGAUAACCUGCCCAACGACCAAACCGACAUUUACACAGCACGGCGGUGGGCGAAGAAGGUUCUCGGAGAAAGCGGGGCGAACGUGUCGGAUGCGGUCAGGAGGUGCCGGGAUUGCUCGUUCGGUCCGCGGCCCAAUUUCAGCGACGUCCGGUUUCGCGAGCCGGUGUACGAGGGCGUGAUGAAGCCUCUGGCAGAUUACUUGAAGACCUGGCCAGAAGUGAUGCCAUAG